CCGUAGUUGCCGUAGGUGGAGCUGAUAUGGUGGACGCUGUUCAGUCAGAGAAAAACGCUCCGCUGUGGGAUUUCACGGAAGAUGCUGAAGAAACGGGAGCUGCUGCUUUCCGAGAGACAACCUUCCAGUGAAGAUGAGACCAUGGUCCCAGUACUAACCUCCAGAAAAGCCAGCGAACUCCCUGUCAACGAAGUAGUGUGUGUCCUGCAGGCUGACCUGCAGCUGGGUCUGACCCAGGAGGAGGUGAGCCAGAGGAGGGCCUACCAUGGCUGGAACGAGUUCGACAUCAGUGAGGAGGAGCCGCUAUGGAGGAAAUACAUCUCACAGUUCAAAGACCCUCUCAUCCUGCUGCUGCUGGCGUCUGCCGUCAUCAGCAUCCUCAUGCACCAGUUUGAUGACGCCAUCAGCAUCACUGUGGCCAUCAUCAUAGUGGUGACAGUAGCCUUUGUCCAGGAGUAUCGCUCAGAAAAGUCUCUGGAGGAGCUCGGGAAACUGAUGCCUCCAGAAUGUCACUGUGUCAGGGCGGGAAACCUGGAGCACCUGCUGGCCAGAGAGCUGGUUCCUGGAGACACCGUCUGUCUGUCGGUGGGAGAGAGAGUCCCAGCUGACCUCCGCCUCUUUGAGGCCACCGACCUGUCUGUAGAUGAGUCCAGUCUGACGGGGGAGACCACCCCCUGCUCCAAAUCCACCUCCCACCAGCCGGCGGCCACCAACGGAGACAUCGCGUCCCGCAGCAACAUCGCCUUCAUGGGGACUCUGGUGCGCUGUGGUAAAGCCAAGGGCAUCGUCAUAGGAACUGGAGAGAACUCUGAGUUUGGGGAGGUGUUCAAGAUGAUGCAAGCAGAAGAGGCUCCUAAAACUCCUCUACAGAAGAGCAUGGACCUGCUGGGGAAGCAGCUGUCUCUGUACUCCUUCUGCAUCAUAGGGGUCAUCAUGCUGGUGGGGUGGCUGCAGGGGAAGAGGAUCCUGGACAUGUUCACCAUCGGUGUCAGUCUGGCCGUAGCUGCCAUCCCUGAGGGUCUGCCCAUCGUGGUGACGGUGACGCUGGCGCUUGGCGUGAUGCGCAUGGUGAAGAAAAGAGCCAUCGUCAAGAAGCUGCCCAUCGUAGAAACUCUGGGCUGCUGUAACGUGAUCUGUUCAGACAAGACAGGAACUCUGACCAAGAACGAGAUGACAGUCACUCAGCUGUUCACAUCAGACGGACUCCACGCUGAGGUAACGGGCGUCGGCUACAACAGAGCAGGAGAAGUUUUCCUGGACGGAGAAAUUAUCCACGGCUUCUCCUGCCCUUCUAUAAGUAAGAUCGUGGAGGUCGGCUGUGUGUGCAACGACUCAGUGAUCAGGAACCACAAUCUGCUGGGACGACCGACGGAGGGAGCGCUGAUCGCCCUCGCCAUGAAGAUGGGCCUGGAGGGUGUGCAGAAGGAGUACGUCCGUCUGGAGGAGCAUCCCUUCACGUCGGAGCAGAAGUGGAUGGCUGUUCGCUGUGUUCACCGCACCCAGCAGGACAAGGCUGGCGUUUACUUCAUGAAGGGAGCGUACGAGCAGGUGAUUCGCUUCUGCAGCUCCUACAACAGCAGAGGAGCCGCACUCCCCCUCAGCCACCAGCAGAGGGAGCUGUACCAGCAGCAGAUCAGUUACAUGGGCACUGCGGGGCUGAGAGUGCUGGCCUUCGCCUCCGGCUCAGAGAUGGGGAAGCUGACCUUCCUGGGUCUGGUGGGCAUCAUCGACCCCCCCAGGUCAGGGGUCAAAGAGGCCGUGGCCACGCUCAUCAACUCCGGAGUCGCCAUCAAGAUGAUCACAGGAGACUCCCAGGAGACGGCGGUGUCUAUAGCCAGUCGUCUGGGGCUCUACUCUAAAGGCUGUCAGUGUUUGUCUGGAGAAGAGGUGGAUCAGCUCGACCUGCAGCAGCUCUCACACAUCGUCCCCAGAAUAGCAGUGUUUUAUCGAGCCAGUCCCAGACACAAGCUGAAGAUUGUGAAGUCUCUCCAGAACAUCGGUGCCGUGGUGGCCAUGACGGGUGACGGCGUGAACGACGCCGUGGCUCUGAAAGCCGCUGACAUCGGCGUGGCGAUGGGCCAGACGGGCACCGACGUCUGCAAAGAGGCGGCUGACAUGAUCCUGGUGGACGACGACUUCCAGACCAUCAUGUCGGCCAUUGAGGAGGGAAAAGGAAUUUAUAACAACAUCAAGAACUUUGUUCGCUUCCAGCUGAGCACGAGUAUCGCAGCACUGACACUCAUCUCCCUGGCGACGCUGAUGAACUUCCCCAACCCGCUGAACGCCAUGCAGAUCCUGUGGAUCAACAUCAUCAUGGACGGACCCCCGGCUCAAAGUUUGGGGGUGGAGCCUGUCGACCGGGACGUGAUCCGAAAACCUCCUCGUAACGUGAGAGACAGCAUCAUCACCCGCAGUCUGAUCAUCAAGGUCCUGGUGUCGGCUCUCAUCAUCGUCUGUGGGACUCUGUUCGUCUUCUGGAGGGAGUUGCAGGACAACGUGAUCACUCCUCGAGACACCACCAUGACCUUCACCUGCUUCGUCUUCUUCGACAUGUUCAACGCUCUGAGCUCUCGCUCUCAGACUCGGAUGGUCCAUGAGAUGGGCCUGUGCAGUAACAAGACGUUCUGUUACGCCGUCCUGGCGUCCAUCAUGGGUCAGCUCCUCGUCAUCUACUUCCCUCCACUGCAGAACGUCUUCCAGACAGAGAGCCUCAGCAUCUUUGACCUGCUGUUCCUGGUGAGCCUCACCUCCUCGGUCUGCAUCGUGUCUGAGGCCAUUAAGAAGGUGGAGAGGUGGAGGGGAAUAGAGCGGACCCCGCCCGCUGACUGCUUCCAUGAGGUAUGACCCCCCCCCACACCCCCCUACACCCCCACUGCCUGGGCUGAAGGAUCUGAGGAAGACGAAGAGGCGGAUGAAGGUGAUGGGAACAUGAUGAUUUUAGGAUCUCACACCUGAUGGCACUGACUAAAGAAGACUGCAAGGACUUGUGGGAUUUUCCUGUGAGAUCCACAGACGGGGGGAGAGACUCUGGUCUGGGACUGGAGGGCACUCCCGGUGCCGGGGGGAGGUGAACUGGACUUUGAUUGAGCUGGGAGGAAGAGAUGGCUGCUGGGAGAUCUCAGCGCCGACGCCUUUUAGCCGGUGCCCCCGCUACGCUCAGAGGACACUCCUGACAGGAGCUUUGGGGGAAACCGCCACGGACCGACCACGCCUUCCUGACGCCAACCGGCUCGUUGUUUAGGAUGUACGUUAAGAAAACCCUCUGACCAAUCAAACACUAGAGACGUGUGCAAUUUUCCUCCAGUCGUCUGUUUUAAAUCUGUCCACCACUGUUGUUGCUUCUCAAUGCGCCGGACGAUGUGUCGCAGUUUCCAGCACAGGGCGGAGGUGUGACGGUACAAACCAUGAGAGGAAACUGUUCACCUGGUUCCUUUGAUCCUGCUGAAAGUAAAUGUAAAGAUUUAUGCAGUGAAAUAUUUACAUAAUGACAGUCAUUUAAAGAAACAGUGCAGCUUUAAUUUCAUCUUCUCUGCAGCGUUCAACAACAUUAUUACUCGGCACCUAAUUUAAAUUUAAAGUUAUUUUCAUCAUUUUUUCAUCUUGCGUUUUUCAAAAGACGCUCCUAAACAUCUGUCUUUAUAAAGUGUAACAUUUGUGACUAAACAGCAACAAUUAACAUUCAAGUUUUAAGAGUAAACUUCAUUCAGUGACGGGCUGCGACUCGGUGACAGACCACACAUUAAAGUACGGUAUCUGACACAGUGAUUUUAUGAAAUAACAAAGUUUCCUGUAAAAACAUUUUGAAUUUCUCAAUGAGGAGAAAAUAUCGUACUGUGUGUGUGUGUGUAUAUAUAUAUAUAUAUAUAGUAUAAAAUAAUAAUAUGUCAUCAUAACAUACAGUGUCCCGGAGACUGUGACACCAGAAAAGAUCAAUAAACAGGUUUUCACCACAUUUCCCUGAUGAUGCAGCUAAACACAACUGUCCAAUCAGUGAGUCAGCUGUGAGUCAUGUGACUGUGGUUUCCUCAAACAGCUCAACUCUUCAUUCCAUGUUCAAAUUUGAUCAAAUUGAUAAACAAAUAAAAGCUUAAAGGUCAGUUAUGUUAAGACAGAGCAGCAGUUCAGACCAAAUAAAUAAAUAAUGUAGCGUCACACCUCCACAACGUGCUGGUUCCUGUGGUCCAUGUGCUUCAAGCUUCAUCCUUCACACACUGGUUUAUAUAAACAGAGCUGCUGUUUGAAACUUCCUGACGCUCGUUGUGGAACUGGGUCCAGACACAGACCGUUCAGUGACACCGCUCCUCAUCCUGUGCCUUAGAGAAGUCAUCCAUCGUUUGAAUCACCUCCACCUGAGCGGAGGAGGAAGAAGCCCUUUACUGACGGAUGGCUUCUCUGCUUCAUCUGCUUCAGCACUUCACUCAGUUUUCAAUCAAUCUCCCCAAGUUUUAUUUUCCGUUUUUAUUUCCUGUCACAUCUCUGUCUCAGAUUUACCUCCACUUUUAAUCAGUAUAAAUAAGUCAUGGUGCUUUGUGGGAAAUGUAGUUUACUUGGCCUUGGUCUUGUUGUUGAAGGUUUUAUUUGUAGAUUUUUUUUUUUUAUUUAUUUCCAAAAGGCACAUUUAGACAUGACCACGGGGGAAGAGGAAAACACCUUCACUCUGCUUCCUGUUUCCAAAAUUCAUUGUUUGAACAAAGACGGUCGUCAUCGUCUUCAACAUUAUAUUGACUGUGUGUCAGUACGAAAUAUCAGAAGACGUACCUGAUGGGAAGCAGCAGCAGAGUCCAGGUGUUCUUUUACUUUCUCCAGGUUUUGAUUUGUAACUUGCAGCUUUUAACUGUAAAAGAUUAAAGAAUUAAACAUGA